AUGACGUGGUCGAUUCUAUUCUGGUUGAUUCGUGCCAUCGUUCGAUCCUGCUACAACCGCUAUUUUGCGAGCGACGAUGUUGCUGCCACGAUCGCAACCGUUUUAGGUUCUGCACAGGCUGUUGUGGUCAUGUUUGCAGUGAAUAGUGCUGGGUUAGGCCAGCGGGUCGAGAAACUCGGUGCACACUGCCUUCACCGAACUGCGCUGGACCUGGAUUAA